AUGGUGAAAGAAAUGCUGCGAACAAAAUGUCAUUGGGUGUAUCUCGAUGAACGCGUUAACAAGGGGCAAGAGUCAAAAGCUUUCGUCAAACCCGAAGAAGCAUGUAGCAGCAGUUUCUCGUUGCAUCUUGAUCAAACGUCAAAUAUUAAUGGGACGUUUCAAACGCUAAAGAAGAGGUGUUGCUCUUGGAUCGUCCAAUUUGAAAUUGGAGAACCCCUGAAAUUCAACAGCAACGUACAGUCCGUCAAGCUGCCCGCACAAGGACAGAAACAAAGUGGACAGGCUAUUCUCAGUGGAUGGGGUUUAACAUCCAAGAGCAUCCGCCCAACUCCAGAAGGCUGUUGUACCAAUCCUGAGCAACGAAGAAUGCUUGAAGGAACUGACAUCCCAGCUAACCGUUGACCAACAACUUGAACUUUUCCGCACUCAAGUCUGCAGUGGAACUGCUGGCAGGGAAGUGUCUGCCUGCUCCGUAGGUAGAUUCAAGGUUUUUUUUGGAAAGAAGAAAAUUGAUAGAAAAAGGAAUUUUUUCAAGAUAUGAAGAGAAAAGGAAUUUAGCACACACAUUUAUUAAUAUUAAUUUCUUUUUUCUUUCAAUAUGCGUUUAUUUCUGUCUUGUCUGCAGGGUGACUCUGGUGGCCCACUUGCCCAAAGCAGUGGAGCUCAAGCUGUCCAAGUUGGUAUUGUCUCAAGGGCAAUGAUGCCAUGUGGAUCUAGCCGCAUGCCCUCUGUAUAUACCAGUGUCGCCUCCUAUGUUGACUGGAUCCAUCAGAACAUGGAAUGAAUGCCACGCAAACACUCUUCGGCUACUACAAUUACAAUUUCUUUCCUGAAUAAAUUCGCUAUCACUUCUACUGCAGUAAUACUUACCGCAGUACAUUUGUGACAAGUCAAUAGAAAAAUAGUAUAUAGGCAAAUAAAGAAACAAUAAUAAUUCCAACA